AUGACUAGCCGAAGUCUUGACGCUCUCGAUGUCCUCUUGCCACCGCAGGUGAGACCCGCAAGCCCGACCACUAUCUUGCUUGCUUCUCCCACUGCGACACCUAUUGAUAUAUCCUCGGGGCCAAAAUCCAACCCCUCUCGUGAUUUCAAACCUGCACCCGAAAGCCACAGUGAUGUCGGUAAUCAACCGCAGGUAAAUGUUAGCCGCCAACAGAUCAGAGCUGUUUUGGGUGGGAAAGCAGGCGCAGAGAACCUACCCGUCCCCAGGAAGAAGAGACGAAAACUUGGAGACAAGGGUGGCAUCAUAGUUGGGAAUAUGGAAGACUCAGCAGGCUGCGCUCGAAGCUGCUCUCAGUUUCUACCAGACGAGUCCGCUGUGCAGAAACCAAAGGCGAAAAAUCCUAGGAAGUCCCAGAAGAAACAAGAUGCAGAGACAGUAACGAAUUCAAGGCUGAAAGGGAAAGUUAUAAAGGCGUCCACUGCCUCCAAAAGAGUGCUAGAUGAUAGUCGCGCCUUGAAUUCUGCCGGGAAAUGUGAUUCUGAGCUGAAAAAAGCCGGAAGCAUUAUUUGGGAACCUGAUGGAUUGCAGCUUGAGGAAGCUACUGCAAGAAGGGAUUACUGGACACCCAUAAAGGACACAAAUGCGGCCCCUAUUGGUUUUAUAGGGUCCCCAGUCUCUACGCAAGUACAGAGAGCUCAGGAUAAAAGCAAAGACUUCAGAACAUUGGUGUCUGGGUUCAAUCUUUCCAGAGAAACGCCUCGUGACAUUGACUCUGAUUGCCAAUACCUUACUGAAGGACCAACAACAAAACAGCUUUUAGAGUUUAUACCACAGAGCUUCCCCUCAGGCAAGCAUUUGGGGCUUGAGGGUUUCGAUGCAGGUGCAUCCAGUACCUCAGAAGGGAAUGGCCAAUGUAAACCAGCCAGGAAGCCCAGGAAACCUGCCAAAUCCAAAAUCACUACAAUCACCUCGCUAACUACACGGCGAUAUGAAUCGCCAUUUGCAUCAGAAAGUGACUUUAUUUCACUUGACGACAAGGAGGCUGAAUCAAUUCAACCUGCCCGAAAAGCCUCUUCCUCGAAGCGUAAUGCUACAAAAGCAAAACCUAGAUCAAAGGUUUCCAAGGACGAAUACCAAGCUCAAUUCAAGCCUGCCCCCACAGCGGAAGCUCUGAAAGCUAUUGAAAACCAAGCACUUAUCUUCGGAACCUCUAGUCAGCUAGAGAGAGAUUCCAGUCCUAGUGUGUAUGGGCUAGAUUCUGGGUCUGGGUUAGAGCACAACCGAGUUGAGAGUAAAGCAACUAAGAAUAUAUCUAGAGAACCCUCCACCGGCCUCGGGACCUCGAGAUUUUCUAAAUCCAAGAACUUGUGGGGAGCAAGUUCUCGUGAUCUAGAUGGAUAUCUACUGAAUGUUGAAAUGGUUGACCUGAUUGAUCCGACUGUCCCAAUAUAUAAACCCCUAGAUGAGCAACAGACUAGCAGCGCCAACAGGGGCUCUGAUAAUGCGAUUCAUGAAGAAAUUCCACCACCAAUUGAGCCUGCAAAUGCCAAGAAGGCCGAACAGCCGACUCACACAGUCGUUGAUAUCGAUAAUACCAAUACUAUACAAAACUCCCGUGAAACCCCAGAUACCCGCAACAACCAAAUUCGGGAUGCCUGCAUGCCGGAUUUUGAUCAACUUACAACCGCUGCUCUCGUAAGCAAGGUGGCUUCUUUUGGCUUUAGGCCGAUUAAAAAGCGUGAGAAAAUGAUAGAGCUAUUAGAGAAAUGCUGGGAAAGUAAAAAGAAUGCCACCGCUAGGCCAGAAAAACCACAAGAUACUGCUCCAGAGGUACCUUUGAGUGCCAUCCCAACCCCUGUGGACGCAGUCUCCACUACCGCGGCCAGUAUUAACCCUUCUAAACGGACAGUAAAACCUAAGAAGGCCACUUCCGAUGAAACAACCCAUUUCUCACGGGCAAGCCAGAAAAUAUCUCACGGCCGGAUGGCUUCGCCAAAGACUACAGGGAAUACAACCCAUUCGAAGGACAUCCAGUGUGACGUCCGACCUGAUAUAAUAGAAAUAGAAGACUCUACUGAUGAAGGCCUACUAGAGUCACCUAAACAGCUUAAGAACUCUGAUAAUCUCCGCCCUUCUUCUUUCGAACCCUCGUGUGAUAAACCCGAAGGGCCGGAAGCAUUUCAAAUUCGAACUAAAGAAGGCAGUUUUAAGGGGAAAGGACCAGCAGAACUCCCAAAUAUAUUUAUACAGAUUACAAAUGCCGUUAAGGCUCAGCCUCGCAUACGCAGCGUCAAGGGUGUUAAGCAACCAACAUGGCAUGAAAGGAUUGUCAUGUACGACCCUAUCUGGCUCGAUGAUUUUACUCUAUGGUUGAAUGUGGAAGGCUUUAAACGCAUCCAUGAAGACCGAGAAGUCCACACAUCGUUGGUGAGAGAUUGGUGUGAAAGCAAGGGAAUCUGCUGCUGUUUCAAGAACAGGAGAUGA